UGAGAAAGAGAGGAAGGCGCUCCUAAUGACCACGUCUUGGCAGUCUCUGAGCAGCAGCCUUGGUGUUUAGAUCUCUCCAGUCCUCCACAGCCCACCCCCAGUCUCACCUCGGAGCGCCCAAUCCAACUGCUGACAGCCUGCCGCUCCUUUCCUUGUGUGUCUUCUUCUCCUUCUCAUUAUUUCUAUUAUAAUUGUCCCUCUGUUAGCGGGUCCCGAAAGCCUUCAAGAUUUCCUUCCUAUCGGAUCUUGAGUUGGAGGAGGAAGACGACGAGCUUGACAUGGGAAGCGGAGCGAGCGCAGAAGACAAGGAGCUGGCUAAGCGCUCCAAGGAUCUGGAGAAGCAGCUCAAGGUGGACGCUGACAAAGAAGCCAAGACUGUAAAGCUGCUGCUGCUAGGGGCUGGUGAAUCGGGGAAAAGCACCAUUGUCAAGCAGAUGAAAAUUAUCCAUCAAGACGGCUUCUCGAAGGAAGAGUGUCUGAUGUUCAAGACGAUCAUCUACGGAAACAUCCUGCAAUCCAUCCUGGCUAUCGUCCGGGGCAUGCAGACCCUGGGAAUCAACUACGGGGACUCCUCCAAAGCGGAUGACGGGCGCACGUUGAAUAACCUGGCAGACUCCAUCGAGGAGGGCACCAUGCCCCCGGAGCUGGUGAAAGUCAUUCUGAGUCUGUGGGGGGACACGGGGAUACAGGCGUGUUUCGAAAGGGCUGCAGAAUACCAGCUCAACGACUCUGCUGCUUACUACCUCAACCAGUUAGACAGAAUCACGAAAGCAGACUACCUCCCCAAUGAGCAGGACGUACUGCGGUCAAGAGUGAAGACCACGGGUAUCAUCGAAGAGCAGUUCUCCUACAAGGAUGUGCACUUCAGAAUGUUUGACGUGGGAGGGCAGAGGUCAGAGCGCAAGAAAUGGAUCCACUGUUUCGAAGGGGUGACCUGCAUUAUCUUCUGCGGAGCUCUCAGUGCCUACGACAUGGUCUUGGUAGAAGAUGAUGAAGUGAACCGCAUGCACGAGAGCCUGCAUCUGUUCAACAGCAUCUGCAACCACAAGUUCUUCGCAGCCACCUCCAUCGUGCUCUUCCUCAACAAGAAGGAUCUUUUCGAGCAGAAGGUCAAGAAAACCCAUCUCAGCAUCUGCUUCCCCGACUACGACGGUCCCAACACAUACGAAGACGCCAGUAACUACAUUAAGAUCCAGUUCCUGGACCUUAACAUGCGGAAAGGCAUCAAAGAAAUCUACUCACACAUGACCUGUGCCACGGACACAGAGAACGUCAAUAUCGUGUUCAACGCCGUGACAGACAUCAUCAUCAAAGAAAACCUCAAGGACUGUGGUCUCUUCUAGACACCUUGUGGCUGUCCUGUACCCUUCCAUGCAUUUUCAGGCAUCCUGGCAAUACACCAGCUACUGCAGUAACAGAGAUCUGACGACUGCAAACCCUCCCUUCCUGCAUUUAGGGACCACACCCUGAGGAAACAGUCAAAAAAAAAAAAAAAAUUUAAAAAAAGUGUCACUAAAAUGUAUAAGGAACUGCAGAAACAAAAUGUAGAUUUUUAAUACAACAUACAGUAAGUACGUGCAGUGCUUGAAGUUAAACGAAAGGAGAAUUCUGACAUACUGGCGGUACUACUAAGAACGGUCAUGUAAAUAUCUCUGGAGUUUGAAGCAGAAAACCUGGAAGAAUGUUGCAAUUACUGUGCUUUCAGUCCUAGGUCGACCAUCUCCACAUGAAACAUUGUGUUUGCUGUCUUUAUAGUUAUGCAAGUGGAUGGUAAUUAAAUGCUGCUCUGCCUCCCAAUAGAAACUGCUCCGGGUCCGAGAUUCUUGAAUUGUAAAUGUAAAAAAUAAAGAACUCCUCCCGUACACACAUUGAGAUCGAUGCACAAUUCCUGAAGCACACCGGUUAUUGUUACAGAUUUGAAUUAAAACGUUUCUCUAAGUCAGAGUACUUCAAGGGUUAAUAUCUGAAAAUAAAUAUUUAUUUUCUCCUAUAAACAGACAUUUAUAGAAUUGUGGAUUUUGUAAAUAAAAAUAGUGUUAAUCUGUAUUUAAAAAAAAACACA